UUUCCUGGUGUGAAUCUUGUCAGUGUUCAGGAUGGCAGAAGCGUACGUGCGCCUCAUAGAGCUUUUGGGCUUUGAGAAAAGAUACUAUCCAAGCCAGCAUUAUGUGUACAUGAUCAUGGUGAAAUGGAGCGACCAGUCGGAGAAACUGAUCUACAGAAAAUAUCCAGAAAUCCAUACUUUCCAUAAAUCUCUGAAGGAGAUGUUCCCGAUCGAGGCAGGCGACAUUGAUCCUAAAGAUCGCAUCAUUCCUAAACUGCCAGCUCCAAAAUGGCUGGACACUCAAAAGGCAACCGAGACUAGGCAAGGGACUCUGGCGGAAUACUUUCAAGCUCUGCUCAACCUGCCUUCAAAGAUCUCACAAAGUCAGCUUGUCCGAAACUUCUUUGAAGUACGGCCAGAUGAUGAGAGUCCACCAACUCUGCAUCCACAUAAACGCAAUGAGACCUUUGUCACAUCAAGGGAUAGAGCAAGGACUGUCAACUCUGAAAUCACAGGUCCAAUCAUGCUGGACACCUACAGAGUGAUUGCAGAUUACAGCAAAAGCUCAAAAUAUGAGCUCACCCUGAAGGCAGGAGAUUUAGUGGACAUUGUGGAGAAGAGUUCCAAUGGUUGGUGGUUCUGCCAGUGUGAGGAACACAGAGGAUGGGCUCCAGCCUCCUAUCUAGAACCACUGGAUGGACCUGAUGAGUCUGAGGAACCAGAGCCCAACUACGCAGGAGAUCUGUACAAAACCACCAAAGCAUACAAAGCAGUAGAGGAAGAUGAGAUCACCCUGGAGGUUGGAGAUACUAUUGAGGUCAUCCAUAAGCUUCUGGAUGGCUGGUGGGUGGUCAGGAAAGGAGAGGAGACAGGGUACUAUCCAUCCAUGUUCCUUUGGAGUACUGGGGAAAGGAAGGAAGUGGAGGCUGAAAGGAGCACCGUGACCAGGAACACCCCACCACCCAGGAGAACAACUAUACGCAACAUCCAGAGCAUCCAUACCAAAGGUCGCCAACGAAUCACCCAGGACUCAUACCGCAGACAGAGUCGCAAAUUCUUACAGCAGCGAGGAAGACUCGUGUCCCAGCCGAGGAAAAACUCCAAAUCCACAGUGGAGGGAAGUCCAGACACUGCAAAAGAAGCUGCCAACAACCAGGAAAAGAAAACCCCGGCUAUACCUCCUAGGCCUAGCCAGGAGCUCAUUAUGGAGCGCUGCACAGAGAACACACGGAAGAGAAUCAGCAUCCAUGCUAACUGAGGUGGACUCUGCACCGACCUAAAUGCACUGCACCAGAAUGAAGAAUGCCAAGCUUGAUUCUGUCAUUGCUAUAGCAUUUGUAUGACGUCUUUCAUUGAAAGUUGCAUGGCAUGAAACAGUAUGCAUUAGGUACAGAAACUGCACAUCGCAGUUUCAUUUCCCUGUUCAAGCACAUCUGUUUUAAAUUCAGCCUUUGUCAGUGUCACACAAAACUGUGUUCUACAGGGAACUGCAGGCCUGGCAGUUUAAGAAAUGUUAGCAAAGCCCGGAGAAAGCUUCACUUCUGUGCUCUAUCUCUAUAACCAAGGAGGAAUGUAGCAGUUUUAAGCUCUGUGUAAGAAUGUUACAUAACUGUAUAUGUAAUGUUCAAUAAGCUAUAUUGUUGUUUUUGUUCAUUGUACUUUAAUAAAAACAGAUAAAAAAUAAUAA